GUCAAUUGAGAGUAGAUUUAAAUUAUUCUCUGGAAUUGGGAAAUAAUUAUUCUACCCCGCGUUAUGAAAUUAAAAAUCUAAAUUCAUUAGCGAAUAUUGAAAAAGCCUUAAAAUACGAAAUUAACAAGCACCAAGCAUUAUUUUCGCAAGGGCAAAAACCCCCAACCAGUCAAACACUCGGAUUUGACGAGGCUCAACAAAUUACUAUUGCCCACCGAGAAAAAAACCGAUUACUACUAUUUGCCAGAA